AUGUUGUACCAUCCAGAUAGAGAAGAAAUGAUAAAAUCCAAGGAACCUCCCAACGAGCCCUAUGAUCCAGGCCAGGACCGGACACAACAGCAGGGCCGUGCCUUUGGCCGCUUCCGCAGGGCAAUACAGCCAGACCCCACGCCAAGUGAGCUCAAACCAGAGCCUGAUGUCGGCAUCGUGUCGACUGAUGGCAGAGCCAAUGGUGACAGCGCGGUGACCGAUGAGGUGACAAACUCCAGCACCGCGCUGCCUGAGCUCACCACAGAGGCUGAGGGUGCAACGGCUGAGGACAACGCAGACACUGACAGCAUACCCACUGAGUGCCUGUCUGAUGCUGCCAGUGUCGAGGAUCUCUGGGAGGAAGUUGUCUCUGCUGAGGCAGCCAUUACACCAGCCAGAGAUAUGGAGCAGAGACCCCCCCGUGUGCCCAAGCUGGCCUGGGUAGAGGAGGAGGAGCAGGAAAUCCCUGGGCCUGCCCCAGCAGAGCAGCCUGAAGAGAUGGAGCAGUCCCAGCCCCUGCCAGAGGAUCCAGGCCAGGACAGCGUUGCAGACACCCCCAGCAGGCCUGCUCAGAGUGAGAAUUAUACUCCCACUGGGGAUGUUUCUGAGGAGAAUGGUGUCUCCAGUCCAGAGCAAGUGCCAGCCUUCGUGAGGAACAUGCAGCAGGCACUGACAGGCAGCAGCAGUCCAGAAGAGGAGCUGCUCACGCAGUUUCUGAGGGUGACCAAGGCAUACCCUGCUGAUGUUGUGGUCACCCUCCUGCGCUGUGCCCCAUCCUGUGACAG